AUGGCAUCGCCUGAAGAGGACGCCAACUCUCCGCCCUCGGCGGUUUCGCCCUCUUGGGCUCCCCCGCGCGCGCCCCUCCCUCCACACAAGCUUGCAAAGCUUGCAAACGCGCUCGGUGUGUCAACACCAGUCCCCGUCUUGCACGGGUUUCUCUCUCCCUCCUCGCCCUUCAUGGCUUCCCCUAUACUGCCAUCUCCCGCCUUCUCACCCUCGUUCGACUUCCGCCGCUCCCCGACACCCUCUGCUGCCUCCUCCGCGCAUACAUACACCCCCGCAUCUCAAACCUCCAGGUUUCUCCUCCAUGUCGUGCCUCCGUCACAUCUACCCCACGAGUCUCAAUUCACCCAAGACAACGAGCUCCUCGCCCCGCCACCAAACGCGUCCGGCUAUCACGCGCAAUUCCGUCGCGGUGUCCUCGUCCCCGUUUAUCCGACGCUUCACAGUCAAAUUGCCGCCAUCGCGAAGGAGUACGCUCUGCCCAGCACGGUCGGCAUCGUGUUAUACCUCAUCAACAACACCCCUUCCGCGAACGCGGGCAUGCGCCUCGGACAACAACUGAAGAGGAGGGAGAGCCGGGACCUCGGCUAUCGGAGGAUAUUUGGAGACACAUCUGGGUGCGCGUCCUCAGAGCUGAACGCGAAGACAACUCGCUUUUGGGCCCACGGCCCAACGGCCUGGGCUUUGGCCCCGCCGCCCAGGCUUGAUUCCCCGGAUUCUGCGACUUCCGUCUCAGAUUCGGGCGACAUCUCCUUGCCGGGCCUGAACGGCUCGUCGCUCAUUCCCAUCCUCGCGAAGGUCGAGUUCGAUAUCGACAAGCGCAAGGCUACUUGGUACGGCAGGUGGAAGAAGACGCGACGCGCGCAGGCCGCGAAACGCGCGGAGAGCCGUUUGGGUGGGCGUUCUCGCGCGGGAUCGACAGCGGGUGAUGAGUCGGCGGUGGAAGGGGAGGACGGGGACAGGAAACCCGCGCUGGAACUCCGGCUGGUGGAGCGCCUGCGAGAGGAGGCGAACACCCCCGCGUACCUCAGGUCGAAGGAUGGGAGGCUACUCCCUCCCGGCUCGGACGAUGGGUACGCGCAGUUGGCAGAUUCUGAUGAGGAGGACGAUGAAGAGGCCACGAUGAAGUUUGACAACGGGAGCCGGAGGAAUAACCCCGACAUCGUCGACCUUGCGCUUUCUGGCGCGCAACUUACGGCUCUCGAGGACGAGGAUAAGGACGAGGAGGACGGCGACGACGUCGACGAAGUUGCCGAACUGCUCAAGGGCAAUUCCCGCCCCCAGCUCUCGGUGGCCAUUCCCGGCGAGUCUCCCCCUAGAAAGGAGCGCAGCGGCUCGAUCACGUCAAGUUUGUCGCGCAAGCACAUCCCACCCGCGCUCGAUCUCGCGCCGUCCCUGCCAAACGCAGUACAGAUCGCUGCACCUGGUACGGGCGGUGACAACUUCGGUUUGGCGUACCUGACGGAGGAGUCGACCCCCUCUACAGGUUCGUUGGACGACGUUGAUGAGGAAACCGGGAAGCCGCGACGAAGCCCGCUCGAAGAGAAGCGCGACGGCCAGUUCUUCGAUGACCUCAACCUCGGCCUUGAUCCGUCUUUGGAGUUUGACGACGACGAUCCGGACGAUAGGCGGAAGAGCCAGGUCCUCAUGAGCUCUAGGCUCGAUGAGAUCGAGCGGGCACUGGCGCAGUUCUCGCCACGCAAGCUUGCCAUUGAGGACCUUGCAGCUGAGUCUCCUACAGGUAUGCCUUCCAUGGCUAGCCUCUCGCCAACACCCAACAGUCGCAUCAAGGGUGCACCGACUCCGCGACCUUCUCCCCAGCCCGGUGCUCCGACUGAAGGCGCCUCUUGGCCUGCCAUCCCUUAUUCCACGCUCAACAACAUGUCAUCGCCUGAUCAGCAAGCUGACGGACUACCAUCUCCGCCGCGGAUCGCCUUCAACGGGAUUUCCACGGAGCUGCCCAAGUCGCCGUUCCAGCAACGAUUCUCAACCCACAACUCUGAUGAGUCCGACGAAACCCUCGCUCGCAAGCGCGAGCUCGCAGAGCAAGAUGCUCUGUACCCGCCACUCAUGGCGCCAUCACUGUUGCGUCCAGGUUCGGAUUCUCCGGUCAUCCCGCUAUCGCCGGAUCCUUUCGGCCGAUUCCCAUCUGAAUACGACACUACACCCCCUAGGCUCGACCACUCGCCGGGUCUGAAACAGGGUUCCGCGUUACGACCACAAGGGUCACACGGCAAGACUCUCAGCAACAUAUCAGAGACGCCCUCGUCGAGUCGCUUCUCUGUUGACUCACUCUCGACGACGGAGAACCACAAGGCGGGUCAAGAGGAGGGGGGUCGGAGCUCUAAGAGUAAUUCAAUCAUAAGUGUAAAAAGCAUCAAAAAACUGUGGCGGAGGACGAACAAGGCGUCAGUACAGGGCUCGGCCACACCGUCACCAUCGCUGCCUGAAUCAGGUCGUGCCUCGCCCAACUCCGCGCCGUUAACUAGUGACUCGGGGCUGGUGCCCGGCACGACGGGGCUGCCCUCGCGUCCUCCAUCGCGCUCGCCGCUGCUCGACCAGCAGAUGCUCGGGCCGCAGCGGAAGAGCUCACAGCACCAGAUGCAGUGGAACAGCCAGGAACCCCCCUAUCCAGGCCGCCAACCAUCCCCUGCUGCCUACCCUCUCCCAACCACUCCCACGCCCCCACCUCCCGCCUCGGCUCCCGCUGCUCCCACCCAGGCAGCUGUACCUUCCGACCAGAAGAGCAAUGUGCGGAAGUCGAUUCUGAAGAGCUUCAAAUCGCAGGGUGGACACUCCUCUCAUGCCUCCUCGUCCUCCAUUUCUGUCGGUCGCACCAGCAACGAGCGCAAAUCGGGUGUCGUCGAACUCAACUCCGUUAUGAAGCGCGCCUCAGGUGUCUCGUCCACCAUGACUCUUGUUGAGCUCCCGCGUGCCUCUUCCGCAACGCUCAUGUACGAAUCGCCGCGGUCGCCACCGCUCCCAGAGAUGCCACGCUCGUCGUCUGCGACACUCUACGAGGCCCCGCGAAGCCCGCCUUUCCCGGACCGGCGGAGCAACUACAGCACGCACUCGUACUCGACCUCGCACUCGCGCUCUGCGAGCCGGCAGUCGCAGGUGUCGGUCUCGAGUCAGAACGCGCUCGCGCGCGUGCGCCAGAAGCGGCCGAGUACCUCUUCGACGGAGUCGCUCUCACGCGCUCCCUCGGCUCGUCUCGCGGUGGGCAGCACAUCACCGCCAAGGAAGGGCGUGCUCUCCGGACUGCAAGUCCCACGUACGUCCGGUGAGUCCUCGUACGAGGACCGGCCGAGCUUCGACGAGAGCCAGUUCGAGAUUGUCUCGCCGAAGCACGCGCCCGCGCACAUGCUCUCGUACCCGUACAACACGAUGGACCAGUCGAUGUCCUCUAUGGAGUAG